UUUAAACAGAGCUUUUAUAGUUGUUUAAGAUCAGAGACAGCAUCUGCCAGUUGCUUUUUUCUUGCCUUUUUCUCCCUUCUUCUGCCUCGUGCAAGAUGGAGCUAGAAAACAAAAUGAUCAGCUCCUCCAGCAAUUCUUCAGCAAGCUCCAGAGAGUACAAGGUGGUGAUGCUAGGAGCAGGGGGAGUUGGCAAAAGCGCAAUGACAAUGCAGUUCAUAAGCCAUCGGUUCCCUGAUUAUCAUGAUCCAACUAUCGAGGAUGCCUAUAAAACUCAAGUCCGAAUUGAUGAUGAACCAGCCUAUUUGGACAUUCUAGACACUGCUGGACAGGCAGAAUUCACAGCCAUGAGGGACCAAUACAUGCGAGGCGGAGAAGGUUUCAUUAUCUGCUAUUCCAUCACAGACCGUCAAUCUUUUCAAGAAGCUGCUGAGUUUAAAGAACUCAUUUAUCGUGUUCGGCACACCUAUGACAUCCCCUUGGUGCUGGUGGGGAACAAAACAGAUCUUGAGGAGUUUAGACAGGUUUCAACUGAAGAAGGAAUGAGCUUAGCCAGAGAAUAUUCUUGCUCCUUUUUUGAGACUUCAGCAGCUCUUCGCUUCUAUAUUGAUGAUGUGUUUCAUGGACUAGUAAGGGAAAUUCGAAGGAAAGAGUCCUCACUGACCAUGGCAGAGAAGAAGAUGAAGAGGAGGGAUAGUCUGUGGCGCAAGCUGAAAGGUUCACUGAGGAAAAAACAGGAAAGUACAACUUGAUGGAAAUUCCUCAUGAGCCUCCCCUCAGGAGCUGUCCACAGCAAGCUACAACUCAAAAAAGGCAACAUUAACACACCAUCUUCCAGAGCAGAUCCUGGAGUUCCAUCCCUUCAGCACUCAUGCAGAAGUAGUAGCUUCUUGAAGCCCAACUUGUGUCACCCUGUGGCUCCUCUGUAUUAUAGAUCAAGUCAGUUAGCAUAGCCUCUCAAUCCUUCUCUCCAAAUGUGAGUGGAGAAAACAAUAUUCUUUAUCUCUGUGGUCCCUGGAUGGUCUUCUUUCUCUGUGGUCCCUGGCUAGAACUUAAACCAGCAGCCUCUGCAGAUCCAGCUACCACCAGUUCUAGAACAAGGGAUAUCUGUGUCUAUCACCUCUUCUCUUUGUGUGCAUGAAUCAUUUAAUCACCCCAGGAAUUAAUAACACCUAUUUCAGUGGACAUUUUGAAUGUUAACGAGUUUAGGAUUUGACCUUCAGCUUUUCAUUCACUUAUGGUUUUAGGAUUAGAUCGUGCUCAGCCCAUGUGUGCAUAUGAGCUGGGUCUAGAAUUCUGGUGGCUCUCAAUUUUACCCUGUUAGAGCCCCAUCAUGACUGUUCUUUCCAUUUAGCAGGAAGUGUUGGCAUGCACAGCAUAACUCCCACAUCAGACAACCUGAAGGCUGCAGGACUACAGCUCCGCCUCCUCUACUUAUUACUAAUCACAGCUGGCAACUACAGGUACUGUUCCUGCAGACAUGUAGUAAAUUGAUCGCACUCCUACAGAGUACAAAGGAGUGCAAAUAAAUAAAUAAAUAAAUGAACAAACAAACCAGUCAGAUACUUCCCAGAGCCUCCCCUAGAGCAGCGCAGAUCUGUUCCACUGUAACAUCUGCAAUAUAGGAUUCAGUCCUCAACUUGCUAUUCCUUGACUAUCCAAGUGAGUCAUUUGAUUGAUCAGAUGGGAGAGCUUUUUAAAUAUACAUUUUUAAAUCUGGCAUGAAAUAGAAUAUAAUCUCAUUGAUAUUUUUUUUUCCUUGACUUCUUUACAUAUUGAAUUUAUUUAUAAAUUUUACAAUGAAAUCAUGCAUACAUUUUGUUGAAGAAUAAAGUUCCUGAAUUCCAUUAAGCUUUGUUAGUAUUCAGUGUCAUUUGUGCCUGUUCUCUGAUAAUUGAUAUCAUUAGAAAAACAUGAGUAUGCCUUAGUAAUUUGUAUUUUUUUUCAUUUUUCUUCUUAGACUCUUUUUCAUCGUUUGAACAAAUUAAUAAUAUUUUGGAAGAAUAAUAUAUAUAUAUUUUGGA